UCACGCGGCUCCCGGCUCACAGAUCACACGGCUCCCGGGCUCCCGUCCAAUCCACAAAAGGUCGCGCUAAGGGCUUAGACGCACGGAUGGCUCGAGCCACGACGACUAAUGGGCGAUGGUCCGGAUGGGUCAGCCUGCUCGUGGCUUCCGCGGCCGUGAUUACCAGCGUGCGCUUGGGCGGUACGCAUCUGCUUCUGAAGGAAAAGAAGAGCAAGACGACCCCCAGCAUCCUCAUGAUCUUCGCCAAAGAGGCUUUCGACUGGUCCAGCAGCACCACGCCGGCGCCUCUGAGUGCCACGGCUGUCGCAGUGAAGGCCAUUCUCGGCGGGAAGAGCAACGGCACCCUGGCGCUGGGGCUGGAGAACGCAGUGCUCUCCACAGCGGGGCCCGACGGCAUUACCAGGGCGGUUGACGUCAAGGUCGGCCCCGUCCGAGACUUCGUUUCCGCUCGCGUUCUGCGCGAGGUCAAGCACGCGUGCUCUCCUCUGGAAGGUGACGGCAGCAGCAGCAGCAGCAGCAGCAGCCCCUGUGAUCCCAAUGAGGUCGACCCUGAGUUCGGGACGACGCCGCUCCACCUCGCCGAGCUCUGGGGCAGCAGCGAGCUCGUGGAGUACCUGCUGUCAAUCGGAGCCAGCCCCGACGCGUUCGACACCGUCGGCCGCCAGCCGCGGAACAUGACGUUCAAGGCCUUCAGCGCCAACAGCAAGAAGGCCGCGGACGCCCGCCUCCCCUCCUUGCCGGACUCAGCAUCCGCAGCAGCUGGCGAUCAUGGGAUGCCGCAAGACGACGAGAUGAGGUGCGAGAUCCCCGAGGUGACCAUCCCACUUUUCCCCACAGCAGAUGGUGAUGAUGCGGCGGAACCCAACGACCACGACCAGUGGCAAUCCUCCGCGCUGGCGGCCCUUGCCGAGGUGCGACGGCUAGUCAGUGAGGGCGAGCCCGUCAUGGUUCGCAACGUGGUUCCCUGGCUUCAGCAGCAGGAAAAGAAGCAGCUUCGAUUCCCCGACGCCGCCUCGUUCACCGAGGCGUGGGGACACCGGCCGGUGGACGUCGGCAGCGUCCCGUACGCUAAGAACUUCGAGCUCUUCAACGAGCGCACGACGCUCUCGGACUACAUGCAGUCAACAACCACAACCGCCGCCGCCGCCGCUGCUGCCGACAGCAGUGGGCGGGAGAACGGCCAAGAGGCGACGAGCCCCGCCCCCAACUACGUGUUCCAGGUGGACACCGAGGCCUGCGCGGAAGGCCGCGACCUCCUGGGCAGGAUCGUCGACGCCGCCCUGCCGUCCUCCGGCGACAGGCCGAUCGUGUGCCCGCCCCCCGGCGGCGUCCGGGGCCUGGAGAGCGUCCACUACUACCUCGGCGGGCGCCACAGCGGCGCGCCCUUCCACAUCCACUCAGACGCGCUCAACCUGGCCGUGUCCGGCAGGAAGAGGUGGUGGGUGGUGACGCCUCGGGAGGCGGUGUGGAGCCGGCGGCACAUCCGGGACUACGCCGAGGAGGGCAAGGGCGGGCCGCCGGCCAGCGGCGAGGACCGGCCGAUGGAGUGCGUGCAGCGCGGCGGCGACCUGGUGUACGUGCCCGGGGACUGGGGCCACGCCGCCAUGAACCUGGAGGACGGCACGUUCGGGUACACCCUGGAACUGGUCAACCGCAGAGACACUCUCGCGUCCGUCCUUGGAAUGGGCUGCGAGCAGUAGCCUGCGUGGCGGAAUAGCAACGUCUUUCGCCCUUCGAGCAAGUAGUUCGUUUCCACCUUACUCAGCUAAAAGUGUUCGUCUGCCUCGUGUACAAGCAAGAGCGUCUGUGGUAGCUGACACUAGAUAGAGCCGUCCAGGGCAGCAUCAGCAGCAGUAGGUGGCAGAGAUGGCUUGACAGUGUAUAGUCUUACAGAGUGUACUCGUAUGUGUAAUUUUGGGAAAACCUCGUCUGUAUUUUUGCAAUGCUGUUGUCCGCUUCGCAGGAGGCCAUGGACCUUCACACCGAGGAAUCAACCAGCUAGCCCCCAUUGGUGUGUAUAAGUGUCGUGUUGCGGUUGCGUUUGAAAACGGUGUCGUGAAGGCGUCCGAACUGUUGGUUAGAGCGAAUACCGCGUAUCUAGCGUUGUCCAAGUGUUGGGUGUGAGAUACUGCCCUGGAUCAUGCUUAAAUGCCCUGUACAGUACCUGGUACAUGUCACCGUUCUACAUCAGGGAGUCGUUGUUGGGUUAUGGUGCGGGUUUGUCGUAGUAGCCGUCUUGCUCUUUGUGCCUUCGGGUAUGCUUGCCGUAGGGGAUGAUGGGGGGGAUGGUCCCAGUAGAGAAGCCCGUAGACCACCCGAGAAUGAGACCGGCACGUUCGUUACGAACGACGGUCGGUGCGUCUUACGGAGCUCGAGGAAUCUGGUGAAGCAUUCUUCGGUAACAUGCAGAGAGCGUUCGUCCCCUCCCGUUUUUUUUUUGUUUUGAGAGAAGUAGGAGAGGGGCGCGUUUUUUGGCGUUGACACUGCAGCGAUCUACCUGCCAGUUUUUGCGUUUCGUUUGUUGUGUUCGGGCUCUGGCUUAACUAGCGCACAUUUUUGUGUUCCUCCUCGGCCAGACUGCAUUUUGGGCUUUUUAUAGGACGGGAGUAACGGUGCUAGUGAUAUGUUUUGCUUCACGGACACGAAAGGGGAGUGUAGCUGGCAGUAUAUGGUUCGAUCGCGCGUUGCAAUGCUGGUCUCGACCCCGCGUGUCCAAAUGUGGUAGACAUAUAAGACGGUGGACACCGUCUUGCAAGUGGUUAAGGUGGUGUGGACUUCGGGUAAUGCGGUAGAAUUUUGUAUGGAGAAUAGCACUGCAAGCAGGUACUUCAUUGAGGAGAGCCUUGGCAAGCGCCCAGAUUCUUCCACUUCUUUGCACAAGUUCGCUUGAAGUCUAUGCAGCAGUUGUGCAACGCCAGAAGUCUUUCAACGGUUCGGUAUGUCGUUGUGAUCGUUGAUUCGUUUCGUCUUGGUUUACAUUGCUGGUAGUGGUCAAUGAGGUUUACAACCUGCAUAGUUAUGUGCGCUUCAGAUUCCGGCUCCCCCCUAAGAAUGGCGAAGGACCAAUAACACAUUUCCGAAUUUGUGGAACUUUUGGUAACGUGACGGACGUGGAGCAACCGCUAAAACCUCGCUCAGAAGACUGGAAGAGGCAAGAUAAGUGAGGGUGGUGUGAAGAUGGCCCCUG